AGUUGUAAAUUUUGCAAAUUCAAGAUCUACAAAACUACUAAAUGAUAAAUUUAGUGUCAAAAAGUGAACGGUGUAAUUAAAAAAAAUCAAAAAAUCAAUAAUGUACAUUCUAAAUUACGUAAACGAUUACGACGAAGAGCAAUCGAAGCUCCGUUGGGCAAUUCACGAUUCAAAAACAGAAUUAGUGCACCAAAUGAUAAAAAACAACGCCAAAUUGAAGAACCACGUGUUGCAUAUAUCAGCUCGCCUUGGAAACAUCGCCAUCUUGAAGCACUACAUCCUGGCAGGGAUUGACGUCAACAAAAGAGGCCUAAGAAAGGACAAAGGAUUCACACCACUCCAAAGAGCCGUAUCUCGGAACCAAUUUGAAGCUGUGAAGCUUCUAAUUGAAGCUGGAGCCAAGGUCAAUCCUGAAUUUGUCAAUUUGAGAGUCUGCAAGGAAAACUGUUCAAUUUUGAACCUAGCUGUGAGCAGCGGCCCCAAUUUGGCGAUCUUGAAGCUCUUAUUGGGUAACAAUGCUAAUGCAAACCAAUCUUGCGGCAAAUGUUACUCGCCUUUAGUGAAAGCCAUUCAUGAUCAUCAGGAAGAGAUUGUUAAGGUUCUUUUGGAAGCUGGCGCUGAUGUUAAUUUGCGUUGCAAUGAUGCGGAUGAUGAGAUAACGCCUUUGCACAUGGCUGUUAAGCAAAAUCAAACGGAAAUUGUCAGGAUUUUGUUGGCCAAAAAUGCUAAUAUCAAUUCUGUUACGACUUACAGAAGAGAAACCGUUCUUCACAGCGCUAUUCAAGUUUUUGUUGGUCCAAAAGUUGUUAAGUGUGUUCUAAACGCGGGAAUUGAUGUUAAUUUGGUGGAUUGCAACAAUAGAACUGUUUUGGAACUUGCUGUUACUAAGAACACCAAAAGUACUGAGGUUAUUAAGGAACAUUUGGUUAAAAUGAAAGCUGCUGGGUUGUUUUUGGGUGAUAAGAAUUUGAAAGCGAUUGAUGGAAAGGAUUUUGAGGAGUUUUUUGAAUUGUGCUGCAAAGAAGUUGAAGUUAUGAAGAAUUUGAAAAUUAAGCAUACAAUUGUUACGGUUUAUGAUUUGAUGAUUAAAAAAGAACAAGAUACUGCUUUGAGAAUCAAGUUUAGUGAAAAUUGUGGAGGUAUUUUGGAUUUUAAAGAAAAAUUUCCGGUUUAUUGGGAUAUUAUUGAGUAUAAAUUCAAAAGAGUUUUGGUUAGGCAGAAAAGGUUAAAGAAAGUUAAUUAUUUUUUGGAUCAUGUUUUUUGGAAUAUAUUGCCUACUUGUUUUGUUUGGAGUAUCUUGGAAUAUGUGGAAGAAGAUUUUGUUGAAGAGCUUUUUAAUAAAUUGUGAAAU